AUGGCGUCAACAGAAGGCCAAGAAUACACGGCCAAGGAGGUCGCCGCUCACAGAGAAGCAAACGACUGCUGGAUGGUCAUCCGCGGUGAAGUCUACGAUGUAACAAAGUACCUCCACGACCACCCCGGCGGCGCAGAAGUCCUCAUCGAGGCCGGCGGCGUCGACGCCACAGAAGCCUUCGACAACGCAGGCCACUCCGAAGACGCCUCCGAGAUCAUGGCCGAGUUCCGCGUCGGCAAGCUCAAGGGCGCCAACAAGCGCAACGCCCCCAAGGCCGUCCGCGUCGCCCCGAAAGCCGCCCCCGCGGCCCCUUCAAACACAACCUCCGGCCCCGUCCGCAUCGCCGGCCAAGCAGCCGCCGCCGCCGUCUUCCUCGCCCUCGGCACCGUCGCCGCCCGCCACGCCUCAAACACCCCCGCCGGCCAGGACGUCAUCGCCGCCGUCCACCGCCUCAACCUCCACCUCCCCGAGUGGCUCUCCCUCAGCAGCGCCGGAACACGCCCCAAGCGCACCGGCUUCGGCUUCGUCGAGGGCUUCGCCCUCGCCUCCGCCAUCUUCGCCGUCGCCGGCACCGUCACCGCCAACAAGCUCUCCGCCCUGCUGCACUACGACCUCACCCCCAUGAAGUUCCGCCCGCACAAGAAGAUGCCCAAGGUCGCGCGCCCGAACCCCCUCCUCCAGCGCGGCUGGCUCGACCCCGUCACCUACCACCCGCUCCCCCUCGCCGAGAAGCACCUCAUCGCCCCCAACGUCUACCGCCUCGUCUUCGAGCUGCCCACGCCCUCCACCGUGCUCGGCCUGCCCAUCGGCCAGCACGUCGCCAUCAAGGCCGAGAUCGACGGCAAGUCCGUCUCGCGCUCCUACACGCCCACCUCCAACAACGCCGACCUCGGCCGCCUCGAGCUCGUCAUCCGCUGCUACCCCGACGGCCUGCUCACGGGCAAGUACCUCGCCAACGUCGAGGUCGGCGAGGAGGUGCUGUUCCGCGGGCCCAAGGGCGCCAUGCGCUACAGCCGCGGGCUGACCAAGAAGAUCGGCAUGCUCGCCGGCGGCACCGGCAUCACGCCCAUGUACCAGCUCAUCCGCGCCAUCUGCGAGGACGACCGCGACACCACCGAGGUCAGCCUGAUCUACGCGAACCGCUCCGAGGCCGACAUCCUCCUGCGCGACGAGCUCGAGGCCUUUGCGAGACGGUACCCCAAGAACUUCAAGCUUCACUACCUGCUCGACACCCCGCCCGAGGGCUGGACCGGCGGUGUUGGGUACGUCACGCAGGAGAUGAUGGCGGAGCGCUUCCCCGCGCCGGCGGGCGCGGAUUCCAAGAUUAUGCUGUGCGGUCCGCCGGGCAUGGUUAACGCGGCGAAGAAGUCGUUGGAGAACUUGGGCUUUGAGAAGCCGGGGUCCAUGUCCAAGAUGACUGAUGCCGUCUUCUGCUUUUAG